AUGGCAACACCACCAGGUGAGCCAAACGGCAUCGAAGAGCAGCUCUCAAACACCGACCAUGUUCCGCACCUCAAUGGCCACACCGAGCUGAAUCAAGACGAAGCUUCCGAAGCUCAAUCUUCAGAGACACCACAGCACCAUACACCAGACCCUUCAUCUCCGGAAGACCUAGAGGAGCUGCAUGCUUUCGACUGGGACGGUUUUGAGUCUCGGUAUGAGGCGGCCCUCUUAAAAGCAGGCGAGGAGGAGGCAGAUAUCCUAAAGGAGGCAGAAUCCUUAUCUAAGUACUUCCAAGCCUGGGCUGCCGCGGCAUCCUCUCACGAUGAUGCUAGAGCCGUGAAGCGUUUGCAGACUAGACAGCGCUUUGUCAACCUGUCCGAGGAGAAGCUUUCACAGAAACAGAAACAUUACGUCGAAGUUGUCCGGGCAUUCGAGAGUGCCCUGGCGCUGCUCAAGUCGAGCUGA